AUGCCUCACCUUCCUAAUUUCAUUGUUAAUGAGAGUUUUUGUUCAGAUCAGGUGUCUUUGGCGGUUGGUGUGUCGGUGGGUCUCCUGUUUAUGCUGCUGCUGGCUCUGAUGGUUUACUGUCUGUGGAGGAGGAAGAAGGGUCAGAGUCAGUAUGAGGAGCUGCUCUCUACGGUGCCGUCAGUACCGGCAUGCUCUCCUCCGCUGAUCCUGGUGUCUCAGGGCUUUUGGACCACGUUGGUACCAUACAAUCUGAUGUUUAUUCUAGGGAUAAUGCAUGGUAUUUUAAGACUAAAUGUCAGAGCAGUGAGUUGACAUUUAACAUGUGAAUCAUCUUUACUUUCAUCGUAAUGUUUUGUGUUUUCUCUCCUGUGUUUAAGGCCCCGUGAGAUCCCUUUCACCUUACCUCCUCGCUUCAUGACACAGAACGACGCAGAUGUGAAAAACCAGCAGGAGAAAGAAGUUGAAGAGGUGAAGUUGGACGUCCCCAGGAGCAUACUGGACCAUCGUGGAUCUCUGUCAGUGAGCAGUAGGUCAUCACUAACAGCACUGGAGCACAUGCAGACAUAGUUUUCAAGGUGUCCUAUUAAAACAAUAAAACUAGCAUCAGCAUUGUAAAUAUCUAAUAAACAACAACUUAAAAAUUGAUACGGCAGUUCAGCAAGAUAUGGUUGGAAGAAUAUUGUAAGAUACUUUAUUACACUAAUACAACAGAAAUCUGGAGACACACAUUGUUGGAGACUGUGUGGGGAGAAUCAGGCCGAUCAUUUUUAUAUUUUGUAGGGAUGCUCUGGUAUUAAACCUUAUUGGCAGGAGGUAAAGAAGAGUAUGGAAAAAAUGUUGAAAGUGCAGCUUCCACUUACAUCUGAAGUUUUAUAUUUGGGAAAAGAGAAACAGGAGUUGAUAAUAAUGUUGAACAAUGUUGGUGGCGGCUAAAAAGGCCAUCACCAGAAAUUGGCUGAAAACAGAUGCGCCAAAAAUCGAGGAUUGGGUAGAGGUAAUGAUCGAUAUAUAUAUAAUGGAGAAGCUGACUUUCUCAUCUAGACUAAAAACAGAUACUUUGAAAAACUACUGGAAAAACUGGGUUGAUUUUGUGUCUCAGUUGAUAGCAGACUUUGUGCAGUAAAGACUAUGUGUAUUGUAGACGACUGAUCCCCUUGGUUCAGGCUACAAACGUGUUCAUUGUUCAUAUGUUUAUUAUGUUUACCCUCCAACAGGAGAAAGGAGACAAUGCAAGAGAGGUGUGAAAAUAAGGACAUGAGUAAAAAGUGUUUCAUUUUACUACACAGUUAUUCUACUGUAACUUUAUUAUUUUUAUUUAUUUUUAUUUAUUUAUAUAUUAUAUAUUUAUUUAUAUUAUUUAUUUAUAUAUUAUAUAUUUAUAUUUUUUAUUUUAUUUAUUUAUUUAUUUUUUAUUUUUUUUAAAGUUUAUGUCUGACUAUGUCUCUGCUCCGCGGUAGAGAAAUAUUAUAUACAGUUGGAAAUUUGUUCAAUAUAUGUAAAAUGUUGAUGGGAUAUUGAUAUGUGAAAUCAAUAAAAAAGAAAAUUAAAGAAAAAAUAACCCGCUGUAUCUUAUGGCUCAGCGUUGUCAAGAGGCUGAUCAUGAGAGCUGCAACUUUCCUUAGACAUCAGAUGUUAAACCCACUAAAAACUCAGGUGGAAACAGGUUAAAAAGACUCUUUCAAUGAGAAUAAUUUACAGUUAAAAGCAACAUCACAUCCUGGUCUGAACAGGGGACUUCUUUCCUCCUUUUCUUGAAUCGUCUUUGUCCUUUUCUCGUGCACAAUCCUGGUUUUAGAUUCACUAGUUAUUGUCGUCUUUAUCUACUUUGGUACUUUGUGAUUAUUAGUCAGUUGUCUUCUGGAAGUAGCUGAGCAGUCAAUUAGUUUUUAUUCAGUCUAGAAAGCUGAGCGACCUUCUGAGGACUUAAGAUCUUGGAAGACGUUUGGACUUGGACCCCCACCCUGAAGAGCACCAGAGGAGAAACUCUCUGUCCCCACUCUCCAUGCGUCUGUAUUUUUUCUGCGGUUUUGUAGAAACAAUUUGAUUUCAGUUCGUGUGUCUUUCAGGAUGGUACCCCGUGGGAACGGUCCUGGCCGGUCUCUACUCUGUCCCUCCUCUGAAUGAGGUGGUGGCCCCUCCCCCCGGCAUGGCCACCCGUCUCUGCUUCUCUGUGGAGUACCGGCACGGCAGCGAGCAGCUCAUGGUUUCCCUAAUCCGCCUCGGCAACCUCCCUCCUCGUUUCCAUGGCAAUGCCACGCUGGUGGAGCUCAGGCUUCUCCCUGAUGACCGGCGGCCCCGUCAGGCGAAAGCCCGGGGCACGGGGCCCGACCCUGAGUUCAACGACUGCUUCAUUUUCCAGGUGAGGUUUAGACUUAUAACACAUCUAAGGAGUGUAAGCUUUGAGGGUUGUGAAAACAAACGUUUGCCUCUGCAGGUGUCCGGUCUGUGCGUACCUCAGGGCACUCUGAGUCUGUGUGUGCUGAGCGUGGAGCGAGAUGGAAAACGCCACGCUGUGGGGAGGGUGCUGUUUCCUCUGGAGGGGGAGCUCGGUCAGGCGGGCAGGGUGCUGUGGAGGGACCUGGAGUCAGAGGACGACACACAGGUACUCCCUGUAGCACGCACAUUAUUCACACAUGAACACAAAGGUUUGAUGAUCUGUCAUGUUGAAUCUGUGUCAGUGUUCAGAGCUGGGUGAUGUGCAGAUAUCUCUCAGCUACAGUCCGGCUCUGCAGCGCCUCUCUGUGGUCAUCCUGAGGGCCCGGGGGCUUCACCUGCUCACAGAAGCAGGUGUGAUCACGAUAAAAGUUGAUGAAUGAUACAAAUUUAGUCCACAGUCUAUAUAUAUUUCAUCAUAUAUGUGUGUCUCCAGGUGUGUGUGUCCAGGUGAGCUUACAGAUACACACCCAGGUGGUGAAAAUAAAGCGCAGCUGCGUGGUCAAAGGUGUGAACCCUCAUUUCAACCACAGGAUGACCUUUAAACUCCGCCCUCAGCACUUAGACGAGGCUUGUCUCAGGUUUGAGCUGCAGGAGCCGAAUGACGACCGCUCAGGUGUGAAGGUCAUCGCCGAAUCUUCUGCUGUCUUAUAAAAUGUCUCUUAGCUUUUCAGCACCUGUGAUCAGGUCAUCGCUUUCUGUAUUUUUUCUCCCAGAGCCUCCUGCCCUGCUCGGCGUGCUCGUGUUGGGUCCCUUCAUGUAUGCCAGAGGCCAGCAGCUGCAGCACUGGAUGGACAUGGUCAACACGCCGCAGGAGACCAUUAAGCUGUGGCACAGACUGAGCAGGGCUGCAUAA